AUAACACAGCAAAAUGACAUAGAGUUUCAGAAAGUUGACGUAAGAAUGCAAUGCUUGUUCUGAUCUGGCUGCUCAUUUCCAUAUCCAGAUUACACUAACCCGAGCGGCUAAAUUGUCUUUGAUCCGCGUUUUGAUGGUGCCAGCCCUGUGACCCUCAUCUCAUCUAGCCAUUCAGGCACCACAACUAACAUUAACUUAUAACAUUAGGCCCUAAAUUUAUUUCCCAACUCUGUUUGAAAUUCUCUAAACAUCACAGCAUAAUUUGUUUAUGCAAUCAUGACGGUUUUUCCAUGCUGCAGAAAUAUACAACAAAUCCAAGAAAGAAUUUUUAUGGAAAUCAAAUACUCGUCCUUUCGAGUUUUCUGAGGUGGUGAGCAUUACCAACAAUUUUACUUCACUAAUUGGAGGAGGAGGAUUUGGAAAAGUUUAUCUUGGGAAUCUGAAAGAUCAUCGUCAAAGCAAGGCCUCAAGGAAUUUCAAACUGAGGUAGAAACAGUCCAUCUAGUUUUCCUAUGUGCACACAAGAUACUAAGUUUUCAUCUACAAACAUGUACAUAUGCUUUUAAUAUAUGCACACAAACUAGUUUGUUACCAUUCAGAAUUUCAGGUGAAAGUCUUGAUGGGAAUUCAUCAUAGAAAUCUGGUUUCUCUUAUUGGAUAUUGUAAGAAAGUUGACAAGAUGGCACUCAUUUAUGAGUACAUGGCUAAUGGAAAUCUGCAGAAUCGUUUAUCAGCUGAUACAAGCAAAAUUCUCACUUGGACAGAUAGACUACAAAUUGCAAUAGAUGCAGCACAAGGAUUGGAUUAUCUACAUAAUGGCUGCAAACCACCCACAGUCCACCGAGAUCCAAAGACUUCAAACAUUUUACUAGAUGAAAAUCUGCAAGCCAAGAUAGCUGAUUUUGGGUUGUCUAGGGUAUUCAGAGUUGCAAGUGGAUCCCCUGCUGAUCUCACAACUGACCCAAAAGGAACAUUUGGGUACCUUGAUCCUGAGUAUUACAACAACAGAAAGCUGAAUGAGAAAAGUGAUGUCUAUAGCUUUGGUGUUGUUUUAUUGGAGAUAAUCACUGGCUGCAGACCAGUUUUAAGCGAAGGCUUAGAAGAGGCGAUGCACAUCGGUAAAUGGGUAAGUCUUAAGCUCGACACUAAUGAUAUUGAAAGCAUAGUUGAUCCAAGAAUUGAAGGAAACUACAACAUUUCUUGUGCCUGCAAAGCCAUAGAGAUAGCAAUAGCCUGCAUACCAUCGAAAGCAAACGAUAGGCUAGAUAUAUGUGAUGUAUAUCAUCAAUUAAAUGAGUGUUUGGACAUGGAGAAAGCUGAUGAAAGAUUCCAGACAAUAAAGAGUGAGGAGACAGUGUCGGUCUAUUCAGAUCAAGAAACAACGGAUGCUGAAGAUAACCAGCUAGAAGAAAUAAAUAUGCUUAGUAGUAGCUCAUAGAGCUUAAUGUACAUAUUUCUGUCUCCACUUUUUUCAGAAAGUUACUGCAGUGUUAUACAAGGUGUAUUUUUAACCUUGUAUGGGGUUGUUACUGUCUGAGAAUCAAAAGUUACUGAGUUUGUGAC